AUGGAAGUUGUAGAAGACGACGAAGAAAGAAUUGAAUCUAAAGGAAAAAUUGUGUGUGAGAAUUGGUCAGCAUAUAUGUCAUUUAUUGGAAAUGAGGAUACCAAUAUAUUGGAUACAUCAAAUCCUUAUUCCAAUGAACAACCUAUACUAGAAUUUGUUUAUUCUUUUGACUGGGGAUCAACCGCGUUGGGUCCUAUGGAUUCUUGGCCUCCUUGUUUAAAGUCAACUGUGGAUUUAUGUUUGCAUUCUAGAUUUCCUAUGGCAAUUUUUUAUGGAUCAGAAAAAAAUAUAAUUUAUAAUGAAAUGUACAGACCGAUAUUGAAACAGAAACAUCCUUCAGCCAUGGGUCAACCUAUGAGUGAAGUUUGGUUUGAAAUUUAUGACUUUAUAAAUAGAUUAUUUAAUCAAGUCACCGCAACUGGCAAAGGUUCAUUCGAAGAUGAUUGUCUCUUAUUUACGCAUCGAGAUGGUUACACGGAAGAAUGUUAUUUUUCGUUUACUUUUAGUCCUAUAUUCACAAAAAAUGGAACUGUUGGUGAUGAUAAGGAUAUACCUUUCGCUAUGAUGUAUCUUAUUGAUUUUAAUCAAAAGGUCAAAACUGCACGUUUAAUUGCUACAACUUUUGAUCAAGAUAUUGAAAUAAAAAUUGGAGAAAAUAAUGAACUUCAUGAAAUGGUUUUUGUGGAAGGAAAAUCAAAAAGAGAAUUACCCGAUUAUUUACUUGAUACAAAUCCUGUUGUAAUUCUUGAAGAAAGUGAAGAAAGCAAUGAUUCAUUAAAUUCUCUUCAACAAGUUACUUUAAAAAAUGGUUCUAAAGCAAUUCUUUUGCCAAUUUCUACAUCUUUUGCGGGAAAAACUUUAUUGAAUGUUAUAAUGAUUUGUGGUAUAAAUGAACAUCGUGCUCUUGAUCUAAGUCAUGUCAGUUCAAGUUUAACUCAUGGAAGAUCACGUGAAGAGGAAAGAAAGCAAACAGAAAUGUUGACAGAUUUAAAUCGUCAAAAGAUAAUGUUCUUCCAAAAUAUUAGUCACGAAUUCAGAACACCUUUAACAUUAAUGCUUUCACCAUUAGAAGAAUCAAUUAGACAAUGUCCACCAGAUAGUCCUAUUUUAUCAAAUCUACAAUUGAUUAAUCGUAAUUCUAAUAGAUUACUUAAACUUGUGAACACUUUAUUGCAGUUUUCACGUAUUGAGGCAAAUCGUUUAGAAGCUCAAUUUCGGGAAACUGACAUUGUAAAAUAUACACUUGAAUUGGUUUCAUGUUUUGAGAGUAUGGCAAAAUCUUUAAAAUUGGAUUAUUUUAUAGAAAUUCCAAGUUGUAAGGAAUUUUAUAGUGAAUUAAAGAAUCCAGUUUUCUUAGAUCGAGAUAUGUAUGAAAAAAUUAUAUUUAACAUAUGUUCAAAUGCAUUUAAACACACAUGGACCGGUAAUAUAACGGUUCGUUUAUAUCCGGAUCAUAUUGAAGAAAGGGAAAUUGUUGUACUUGAAAUUUCUGAUACAGGUGUUGGAAUUUCCGAAGAAAAUAUUCCAAAAUUAUUUCAACGUUUUAAUCGUAUUGAAGCAAGUCAAUCUCGUAGUCACGAAGGUACCGGAAUAGGACUUGCCUUGGUAAAAGAAUUAGUUACUCGACAUGGAGGAAAAAUUAUAGUAAAAUCAGAAAUUAAGAAAGGAACCACAUUUCGAAUAUGGAUUCCAACUGGUUUAGAACAUUUACCGAGAGAUCAAAUUUAUUUUAUAAAAGGUGAAGAGGAAGAUUUUGGAAUAAUUGAUAAUGUGAAUAAAAAAUUAUUUAGUAAUAAAGAUUUAUAUUUGGAAGAAUCUAAUCAAUGGAUACAAGAAUAUUGUCAAGAAAUUGAUAACUCCACUACCCAAACUCAAGGUGAAACUUGUUCGAAUAAUGAUAAUAAAGAUAUUCCUGAAAUCAUUAAUAACAAUAGAGAGAAAAAUCAUGUUUUAGUUGUUGAUGAUAAUACUGAUAUGAGAUCUGAUCCUGUUACUCAAAUGAUUCCUGUCAUCUUAUUAUCAGCAAAAGCUGGAGAAAAUGAUAGUGUACGAGGAUUAGAGAAGGGAGCGGAUGAUUAUUUAAUAAAACCAUUUAGUGCUAAAGAAUUAAUCGCACGUGUAAGAGUUAAUAUUAAACUCUCCCAUCUACGUAAUCAACUUUUACUUCAACAAAAGCGACAAACGGAAUCCAAUCAAUUAUUAUUCUCCAUAACUAGUAAAAUUCGUUCUGGAUUUAAUAUAGAAGAAACUUUAGAUACUGCAGUAAAAGAAAUUCAUAGAAUUUUACCAUGUGAUAGAAUAUUUAUUACUGAAGCAGAUGCGGAUAUUAUAAAAUCUCGUAUAAGGGCAUUCUCAGCAACAGAUAGUAAUGAAUUAAAUCGUAAAGGACAAUAUAUAUCAUAUUGUAAAGAAAUGUUAAAUGGAAUUUUGAUUACAAGUAAAUCUCGUGUUUCAAUUGAUAAUUUUAAAUCAAGCAACGAUUUAGUUAAAGAUUUACGAGAGUCCAUAAAAAAGUUGAGCACAUGUGAAGAUCCAAAAGAAGAAGUUCUUAUUCUUGAUCAUCACUUUUGUGAAUUAAUUUCAUUAGAAGUAAAUUCUAUCGGUAUUCCAAUUAAUGUAGAUUCUUCAAUAUGGGGAUGGGUAACAGCUCAUAGACCUUCAGAUUCAAUUUGGUCAGAACCAGAAAAAAUGAUAUUACAACAAAUUACAAGUCAAAUAGGAACUCCAUUAGGAGCAAUUAUUGGAGUUUUAUCAGCAUUCGAAGAGGCACAAUUGACCGAAGAACAAAGAGAUAUGGUUCAAAUAAUGUCACGAGCAUCAGAUGUUGUACUUUCAGUAGUUAACGAUAUUCUUGAUGCCGCGAAACUUGAAGCACAAAAAAUAACACUUAUGAAUAGAACUUUUGAUUUGAUUGAUUUAAUUGAAAAAACUAUUGAAAUAUUUGGUGAAAAAGCUGGUAAAAAACAAAUAGAAUUAAUUUUGUGCAUUGAGAACGCUUUACCUAAAUUUGUAAAAUCAGAUCCUGAGAGGUUUCAGCAAAUUUUAAUGAAUUUAUUAUCUAAUUCUGUAAAGUUCACUGAAAAUGGAGAAAUUGUUCUUAAAAUUUCAAUGAUGGAUGAAAUUGAUGAAAGUGAUAUAAAUGAAAAGGGAACAUUAUAUAUAGAAUUAAUUGAUACUGAUAUUUGGGAAAGUUUUUCACAAGGAGAUCCAUCCUCGACCAGAGUUCAAGAUGGUACAGGAUUAGGUCUCUCUAUUUGUAAACAUUUAGUAACAAUUAAUGGUGGUAAAUUAGGAGUUACCAGUAAAUUAGGAAAAGGAAGUCGAUUUUGGUUUACAUGGAAUGUUGAACCAAUAGCACGAACUAAACGUAUUUUAGUAAUAGAUCCUGUUGCUUUAUCUCGUACUUCUUUAAUAAAAUUUAUUCAUGAAAGUGUUGAACGAAUUGAUGCAUUUGAUGCAUCAGAAAAAGGUAUUAAUGCUGCUAAAGAACGGAAAAAACGAAAUAGCAAUAAUAAUCAUAAUGAUGAAAUAUAUGAUAUUGUAUUCUUUAAUUUACGUGAAGAUACAAUUGGUGAUGUUACAAACGGAGCGAAAGAAUUAAGAAAAAUAUGUGGGGAGAAUUUAUGUAUAGUAUUACUGAUUUUCUGGUCAGCUGAACAUCGAGCGUUAGGACAAAAGAUAACGAAAGAAAUUGGAGGACAAGUUUCUACAUUAUUUAAACCAUUUGCAGAUUUAGCAGUUGAAAGAACGAGAGAAGACAACUGUAAUCAAAGUUGUGAAUCAAAACCUAAAACGCCACGUAUUGAUUCAAAAUCCGAAUGUAUAUUAUGUGUGGAAGAUAAUCCCGUAAACUUAAAAGUAAUAUUACAUCAACUUUCUAAACUUGGAUAUCAAACGUUAUCAGCUACAAAUGGUCAAGAAGCAUUAAAUUUAAUAGAAAAAGAAUUUGGAGAUCUCUCAAAUGAAGGGAAUUUUAAAUCUGAAUCAUCAAAAAUUUCUUUGAUAUUAAUGGAUUGUAUGAUGCCAAUAAUGUCAGGAUAUGACGCAGCAAAAGCCUUGAGAUCGAUGAAACCUCCUAUUUCAAAAAUACCAAUUGUUGCUUUAACUGCUUCAGCUAUUCAAGGAUCACGAGAGAAAUGUCUCGAAUUUGGAAUGGAUGAUUUUCUUACGAAACCUUUAAAGAUGGGUCAACUUAAAGAAAUGUUAAAUAAAUGGUUAAGAAAAGACGAACCAUAA